CCCGCUGCCUUCUUCGUCGCGAUGUAGGGGAGUGUCGCAGGUGUCCUGCUGUUGCUGUUUCGGAAGGGGGAUUGGACUCAAGUAGGGCAAUCCCCACCCAGGUCUUCUCGUGGCCGACUUUGGGUCCCUGCUGGCCCAAAAGCCGCCAGCGUCGCCAUGUUUGGCUGUUUGGUGGCGGGGAGGCUGGUGCAAACAGCAGCACAGCAAGUGGCAGAGGAUAAAUUUGUUUUUGAUUUGCCUGAUUAUGAAAAUAUAAACCAUGUUGUGGUUUUUAUGCUGGGAACAGUCCCAUUUCCUGAGGGGAUGGGAGGAUCUGUCUAUUUUUCUUAUCCUGACUCAAAUGGAAUGCCAGUAUGGCAGCUUUUAGGAUUUGUCACCAAUGGAAAACCAAGUGCCAUCUUCAAAAUUUCAGGUCUUAAAGCUGGAGAAGGAAGCCAACAUCCUUUUGGAGCCAUGAAUAUUGUACGAACUCCUUCUGUUGCUCAGAUUGGAAUUUCAGUGGAAUUAUUGGAGAGUUUGGCUCAACAGACUCCAGUAGGCAAUGCUGCUGUAUCCUCGGUAGACUCAUUCACACAGAAAUCUUGCAGAGUAAUUGUCAGUUACAACCAACUGUCUUUUGGAAGCCAGCAGUUAGCGGAUGAGAAAAGAGAACAGUUUUUGCUAAAACACCUCCUCCUCCUCAGAGUAGUUGGCAUCCUGUGUUGCCAGUCUCCAGCUGUCUGUCUAGACAGAGCCCAGAUUGAACCUGUGAGGUACUGA